AUGCGACGUUUGACUGUCCUGCUGGCCCCUCUACUGUUGCUUCUCCUGGUCCUUCCAGUUUCCAGGGGGCGCUACAACGAUGAGUUUGAUGACAGCGAGGACCUCGCCGACUUUGAUGACAACGACUUUGCUGAGUUCGAGGACAUGAGUGACGACUCGCUGCCCGAGACGGGCACCGCCCCACCGACACCUGUGCGGGGCAGCCCCUCCUCACAGCCUAACGAAGAAGAGGAUGAAGACGAGGCCACAGUGGAGCUGGAGGAUGGCCAAGACGGUUUUGACGACUCUGACGGACAGGAUCAGGAUAUUUACAGUAAAUAUGACCAGGAGGAGUUUGAAGGCAUUGGAGACAUGGAGAAGACGGGCCACCCCAUGAAAGACCCCCUCAUAAUCCACACGGUUCCAGCACAUCUUCAGAACAGCUGGGAGAGCUACUACAUGGAGAUCCUGAUGGUGACGGGCCUGCUGGCCUACAUCAUGAACUACAUCAUAGGCAAGAACAAGAACGGACGCCUGGCUCAGUCCUGGUUCAAUUCUCACAGGGAGCUGCUGGAAAGCAACUUUGCCCUUGUGGGUGACGACGGCACGAGCAAAGAAGCAGUGAGCACGGGGAAGCUCAAUCAGGAAAAUGAACACAUCUACAACCUGUGGUGCUCCGGACGUGUUUGCUGUGAGGGUAUGCUCAUACAGCUCAAGUUCCUCAAGAGACAGGACCUGCUCAAUGUUCUGGCCAGGAUGAUGAGACCCACCUGUGACCAAGUGCAAAUUAAAGUGACUCUAAAUGACGAGGACAUGGACACAUUUGUGUUUGCCGUGGGUACCAAGAAAGCAAUGGCCCGCCUCCAGAAGGAGAUGCAGGACUUGAGUGAGUUCUGCGGCGACAAGCCAAAGUCAGGAGCCAAAUUUUGCCUUCCAGACUCUUUGGCUAUUCUUACGGAGAUGGGCGAGGUCACAGAUGGUGUGAUGGACAACAAGAUGGUUCAUUAUAUCACUAACCACGCUGACAAGAUCGAGUCCAUCCAUUUUUCGGAUCAAUUUUCUGGUCCAAAAGUUAUGCAAGAGGAGGGUCAGCCCUUGAAGCUACCCGAAACCAAGAAGACGUUGUUGUUUACAUUUAAUGUGCCUGGAAUGGGUAACACUUCUCCCAAAGACAUGGACGCUUUGCUGCCCCUCAUGAACAUGGUCAUUUACAGCAUUGAUAAAGUGAAGAAGCUACGUCUCAACAGAGAGGGGAAAAUGAAGGCGGAUCGCAACCGUGCCCGCGUGGAAGAAAACUUCCUGAAACAGACACACGCUCAACGCCAAGAGGCCGCCCAGACCAGACGCGAAGAAAAGAAGAGGGCCGAGAAGGAGAGGAUAAUGAACGAAGAGGACCCCGAGAGACAGCGUCGUCUUGAGGAAGCGGCUCAGAGACGAGAGCAGAAGAAAAUUGAGAAGAAGCAGAUGAAGAUGAAGCAGAUCAAAGUGAAAGCCAUGUGA